AUGUAGUUAAGUGAAGCAAUAUGCUAAAAUUAAAAGUAAUUUGCUGAAAAUUAUUCAGAAAAGAUGGAAUCAAGCAAUGAAAAUAGCAAUAUUUUAUCUCUAAAAGAAUUUAGGUUUGCUUAGUGGCCUAAUAAUUUUGAUAUUAGGCAAGGAGAUUAAAAGAGAUAGCAAUGGUUAGUUCAAGAUAAUUUCCAUUAAAAAUCUUACAUACAUUCAAGUUCUUCAAUUGAUGAGAUAGAAGAAAAUGUUGACAAAUUAAAAAGUCAAUAUAUUUUUUAAUAGGUAAAUCCACUUGAAAAUACAAACAUCACAAAAAGCUAAGAUAAUUUUAGCAAAGUUCCUUUAAAAUUAGAUACAACAAUUAGUAAUAUAGAUAGUUUUUCAAAACAAUAAAAGUCUUUAGAUGCAGUAUCCAUGAAUAGCCAAAUAAAAAGAGGGAAAAAUACGAUGUACAACUAAUAGAAGGAAGAUCUUAUUGUUGAUAUUUAAUAGAAAAGAUAAAAAACUAAGAAAACUGAGGAGAUGAAAAGGACUUCAUACAAUAAAAAUAGUAAUAAUUUGUAAGAGCAGUUAGAUCAGCAAUUUAUUUAGAAAGAAAAAGUAAAUAAGGAUAAGAUAUGGCUCACUCGAUUUUUUUACAUUCUCUUUUUUGUAAACAGAUUCUUAUUUAGAAGUAAAAAAAAACUGAUUUACUUUCGACCAAAUUAGUUGAAAGGCAACUAGAUAAAUGCAAUUAAUGACAUUACUUAUCAGCCAAAUAAAGAUCAUGAAAAUAAAAAAACAAAUAAAGAUAACAUUUUUAGAAGCAAAUUUAAAAUAAUUCGUAGAAUUAGGAUUUUGUAUUUGAUAUUUAGGAAAAAAAUUAAAAUAUUUAUUGUCCCUUUCUAGAAUUUGAAAAAUUCAUUUUUAUACACUUUAAGAAAAGUGCUUGAUCCUAUACCUGUAAUUAUGCCAUUUUAAAACAUUUCUUGGGGAUGGGAUUUAAUAAUUAUGGUAUUCAUUCUAAUUAACUGCAUCAAAAUUCCUUUUGAGCUUUCUUUUAAUAAUUAAGUUGUUUCUAUUGAUGAUAUUACUUAAGCCAGUAGGUUCAUAUUCUUUUUUGAAUUCUUUAUGAUGUUUAACACUGCAUACUAUGAAAAUGGAGUUUUAGAAAAACAAAGGAGCAAAAUAUUUUUUCAUGUAAUCAAAAAUAGGUUAUUCUUUGAAGUAUUUGCAUAUCUUUGCUUAUGGCUCAAUCCUUUUGGAGUAUCUUUUUUCAGGAUAUUUUUUCUCUUGAAAUUUUUUUAGUUUUAUGAUAUUAUAGAAAAACUAGCUGAGACAUUUUAGUUGUCUUAUAAAUAUAACUUUGUGGUGAAUUUGGUCGCUCUAUUCAUAGAAGUAGUCUUUUUGUGUCAUUUAUUUGCAUGCAUUUGGUACUCUAUCGGAAAUUAUCAGGUUCAGUAAGGAAUGACUCCAAACUGGAUUUAAAAAUAUAGCACUAGUGAUAAUAACUAAUACUAAUAAUAUAUAGAUUCUAUUUAUUUUUCUGUUAUUACAAUUGGAACAAUAGGAUUUGGAGACAUAGUUCCAGUUAGUUCAAUAGAAAAAGGCUGCUUGACUUGCAUGGCAGUCUUUUCAUGUGGAAUAUUUGCUUAUAUCCUUAGUAAUAUAUAAAAUGUGUAUAGAGAAUUUUAAAUGAAGCAGGAAGGAUAUGUUAACAAGUUAUCAGAACUAAACAAUUAUAUGUUUAACAGGGAAGUAAAUCCAACACUACAAUAAAUGGCAAGAAAGUACUUAAAGUAUGUCCACGAUUAAGGUUUUUAAUAAGGUGUAAAACCUUGUGAUACUUUGAACUCACUAAGCAUUUCUCUAAGAGAAGAAAUUAAAGAAGAUAUAUUUAAAAAAUCAAUCAAAAGUAUUCCUUAUCUCUAAUGCUUUAGUCAGCAAUUAAGAUCUUAACUAUCUCGAAAAAUGAUUGAGCUUAAUUAUGGUCCUGACGAAUUUAUCAUGAAGAGUGGUUCGAAUUAACCACCAAGGCUAUACUAUAUUCUUAAAGGACAGGUUGAAGUUGGUUUAGAUAAAGGUUUUAAAUUUGGGUGCUAAUUAACAAAUAAUCUAGAUAAAAAUAAACCAUUUAGUAUCUAUAAAUAAAAUGAUUCGUUGGGUUUGUUUGAAUUUGUUUCUUAAUCUUAGAUAUGUAUGACAAAUGCUAAAAGUAUUGGAGUCACAACAGUACACAUUCUAGAUUUACAAGAUUUUUUGGAUGCAAUCAAUUAAAAUGGAACUGAUAAGGAAAUUUACUGCUAGUAAAAAGAUAUGGUCAAUUUAUAUAAAUGUUAUGAGAAUGUUAACCUUUUCUGCUAUUCAUGUAAAAGUAGCUAGCAUUUAAUAAAAGAUUGUCCGAUUUUCUUCUAUAAACCAAAUAAAUAUAGGAUAAUUAAUGAUUUUAAUAAACAAAUUGAAAAAUCUAAGAAAGAGUUAAGAAAGAAGUCAAAUAAUAGAUACAACUCAUUAGCUAUAGUUAAAGAAGUAGAAAAGGAUAUUUAAGAUUUUUGCUAUGAAAACGAAACAUUUAUUGAUACUAUGUUCUAAUCAUUAUCAAAUAUCGAUGAAGAUGAAGAUGAAAACAACUAUACAAUUGAGAGAAAUGAAUUACCUCAAUCUGAAAUUGCACCAUAGUUGAGUUUUUUAUCGCCUAUUACAAUAAAGAAUGAAUAAGGUUAAAAGUUUUUCAAUAAAUCUUUAUUUACUCAAAAAGAUUCUAGUUAAAUUGAAGACGAGUAAAUUAAUUCAACAAAUUAGCUUUAAGAAAAAAUACAUGAAAUUAAUCAAAAAAACUUGUUUGAUAUGAAAGAUAAAUUUGACAAAUAAGAUAAAGAUAAUCAAUAUGAUCUUUAGUAGUAAUAGCUGCAUAAUGAUUCUAAUAAUCAUUUAAAAAGAAAUUUAGCCAAAAAUACAAUUUUUAAAUCUUCAAGAAAUAAAACAGAUUUAAUAGAACCUAAUUCUUAAUAAAAUUCUUCUAAAACAAAUUAAAGGCAAUCAGUACCCAACAUAAUUGAUAAAUAAAAUAUUUUUUAGAAUCAUAAAGAGGAUAAAGAAGGCAGAAUUUAAAAUAAAUAACAUGGGAGCAGUAGAAAAAUAGAUUCUUAACAAUCGCUAAAGACUACAACUAGAACUGUAAAGCGCUAAACAGUACGUUUGAGUUAGAUUUAAAAUGUGCUAAAUUAACUAAGUAAUCAAAUAAAUUAAAAUGACAAAAAUAAAUAAGAAGAAGGAAAUGAAGAGAUUUUAACAGAUACUUUGCGUAUAUAUAACCAUUACAUGGUUCAUACUAAUGUAGGAAUAAUAUUAAUGCAAUUCAAUUAGUAUUAGUAAAAAAAAAUAUAUUAAAAGCAUCUUAAACACAUUGAGGUAGCAUCACUAAUUCUAAGUAAAAAACAUAGAAGUGUAUUAAUUAAAAACUGAUAAAAGUCUUUAAAAAAAAAAACUUUAUUAAUAGAUAAAUUGUAUUAGGGAAGGAUAAAUAAAAAUAAUUAACAGUCUGAUUAAAAUGUUUACAUUAAAUAAUGAUAAACUAUAAUCUUUUAAAUAAUAAUUAUAAGAUAAAUAUAUCCCAUCCUACUCAUUAUUUAUUAUUG